AUGGAUCAAAAAAUUAUACUGUGCAUCGUGAUGACCCUUUUGGGAUCUAUCUCGAAAUCGCAAUCACAAGUAUUCUGUUAUUAUGCAAGUUGGGCAGUGUACAGGCCCGGAGACGGAAAAUUCGACGUGGACAAUAUCGAUCCUUUUCUAUGUACCCAAGUAUCAUUCGCCUACAUCGGAGUAAAUAGUAAUGGAAGUCUUCAAGUAGUAGAUCCGCAUCAAGCAAAUAGCAAUGGUCUCGAUGGAUUGAAUAGAUUUGCGUCCUUAAAGGAAAUAAAUCCGGACCUGCAACUCUUCAUUAGUAUUGGGGGAUUUAGUGAAAGCCCAGAAGAAUAUUCGAAUGUUCUAGCCAAUUCUUCACUCCGCGGAACACUUAUCGAUUCAGCCGUAGCCUUCCUCGAUGAAUAUGGACUUGAUGGAAUUGAUUUCGAUUGGGAUUAUCCCACGCGAAACGAUGCAAGCAACGAUCAAGAUAAGUUGCUGCUCAAGGACCUCCAGGAAACUUUCAAGCCUAAGGGAUACUUAAUCUCUGCUGCUGUUAAUGCAGGUCCUAGAUUUCUUAACGAUUCCUACGAUAUUGCUCAACUUAACGGGUUUCUAGACUUCAUAAACGUUAUCACGUUCGAUUAUCACGGCCAUUUCAACACGUACGUAGGUCAUUCCAGUCCUUUGUUCAACAGUUCGUUGGAUGCAGAUUCCGGUGGUACGGAUCUAAACGUCAAUUUCAUGUCAUCGAAGGUAACCUUUCGAGGAAUAGAUAAAGAGGACAAGAGUGGCAGAUUCUCCUUGUAUAAGGUCCAAGCGGACGACACCGACUCUGGAGCCAGUUCGCCCCAUUCUAUUCCAGAAGACCAUAGUUUUUGA